AUGGCGGUUACGCCGCUCCGCACGGCGGAGGCGGCGGAGGGCCAUGACUGCGUAGAUCCGGACCCCAUCUGGAAGAGCUCUGAAAGGCGUCAGCAGCGUUCUCGGCCGCGUGGCCUGCGCCCUCGCCUCUGCAGCUGUCUCUUUUGGCAGCGCCAGCAGCUGCCGUCGUGUUUUUUUGCCUUUGAUACAGCUAAUAAGUUCUUGACCCCCAAAUCUGGGGAGGAACGGAAGAUCCCAGUCCCUCCUUCACUAGUGGCUGGAGCAUUUGCCGGUGUUAGCUCAACACUGUGUACAUACCCUCUGGAAUUGAUUAAGACACGGCUAACUAUACAGAGAGGUGUGUAUGACAAUUUCCUUGACGCAUUUGUCAAGAUCAUACGCGAUGAAGAGCCUACUGAACUCUACCGAGGCUUAACCCCAAGUCUGAUUGGAGUGGUGCCAUAUGCUGCAACCAACUACUUUGCCUAUGACACCCUGAAGAAGGUGUACAGGAAGGUGUUCAAGACAAAUGAGAUUGGCAACAUUCCAACGCUGCUCAUCGGGUCUGCUGCAGGAGCUAUCUCAAGCACAGCGACAUUCCCUCUUGAGGUCGCACGGAAGCACAUGCAAGUUGGAGCUGUUGGUGGCAAGAAGGUUUACAAGAACAUGCUCCAUGCCCUCCUGAGCAUUCUUGAGGAUGAAGGGGUUGGGGGCCUGUACAGAGAGGGUUGGGGCCAAGCUUCAUGA